AUGACAUUUAAUGAAUUAUAUAAAUAUGGUGUAACAAGUACACAAUUACUUGAGUGGUCAGCACCGAUUAAUGUUGCUGAACAAUACGAAAUAAACGGUUCUCAUUCAACAGAAGUUUUUUACAAUUGUUCAUUACCUUGGUUUGGUCCAAAAUGCCAAUACAGAUUCGAUAAUGAACUAGCACUGCCGUUUCAUGAGAUUGUUCGACGAAACUUUGUUACUCGCCCGAUAGCUUCAGCAGAUUCCGUUGCUGGUACGUGCUAUCCAUUUGUAAUCAAUUGUUAUCCUAAUUCAUCAUCAGUCUGUCUCGAUUGGCGUGAAGUUUGUGAUGGAAAACUUGACUGCACCAAUGGAGAAGACGAGGAAUAUUGUCAUAUACUAGAAAUGAGUGAGUGUCCCGAUGAUACAUAUCGAUGCCAUUAUGGUGGACAAUGCAUUCCAUUGACAUUUGUACGAGAUGGGCCUAUAAAUGCAGAUUGUCUUGAUGGUACUGAUGAAGCAGAAUUAUAUGAUAAAAAACUGCUCCGUUCUCAAAGUCCUUGCUUUACUUUACCGACAUUUCGGUGUGAAGAACGUACUAGCCGGUGUCUUCGUUCUUUUCCAUGUGGUGACGGUCAGCAUUAUCUUACUGAUAUUGUUUCACAUCCUUUAUAUUCAUGUUUCAAUGGUCGACAUGUACAAAUAGCUCGAUAUCGACUGAAAUCUCUUCCUGAUAAAGUUCAAUGGCUCCUAAAUGAAUUAUUCAAUUUCACAUUAGCCUCGAGUGCACUUUCUCUCAGUCAAAUAUUAAUAAAUACAACAUCGUAUUAUAAGAUGAUAUCUUGCGAAUCUAUAGACAAAAAAUGUUUAUCACAAUGGAUUUUUAAGGCUGAAAUGCCUUUCGCUUAUUCUAAGUUCCACUUUAUUUAUUUACCUGAUCGAUUAGUUGAUGAUUUUCUCUCUUUCGUAAAGCCUGAUUUUAUUUGUUUCAAUCCGAAAGAAUGUCCUGCAUUCACCAAAUGUGCCGUAGAUAUCGGACUAAACAAUGGACUCACUUGUUGUCCUUCUAAUGAACUAUCUAACAAAUCAUCAUUUAUUAUCGGCAAAAUUUCUGCUACUGUUGAAAAACUGUUUGUUCGUUGCACAACGACUGGUAUAGAAGAAUCAUGUUCACAUCGAUCACUUUUUCAUUGUCCAAUUUCAAUGAAAUGUAUUUCAAAACAUCGCCUUCUUGAUGGUAUUUCUGAUUGUUAUUUUGGUGAAGACGAAUCAUUUCCUACUUGUCAAUUGAACGAUUCACAACGAUUUAUUUGUGAAUCUGAAAUAAACAAAUGCUUAUCGCCAAUAGCAUUAAACAAUGGUAACAAUGAUUGUAAAGGUAAAGAGGAUGAAAUCACUGAAAAUGGACUCAAUAUUUUAAAAGGAAACAUUCCGUUUGGUCUAUUAUGNGUUGUGCAGUGA